AUGUUGAGCGACGUCGAAGCGUUCGAGGGUAAGAUCGUCUACCAGCCGGACGGCUCGGCGUACAUCAUCGAGCCGGGAGACACCGACUUCGACGAGACGGACUCGAACGUCGACAUUCCGACGCAAGAGGGCGCCAUCGUCGACCAGCGCGGCUCGAACGUCGGCGGCGCCGCGUUUCCGCAGAUCGUCAACGCGUUUCUCGUCUCGCGCAACACGGUCAUGUACGACCCGUCGCUCUACGGACAGACCUCAAGCAACUUUCAGGACAAGAAAAAGUUCACCGAGGCGCCCGUCAUGCACAGCUACCGCGUGUACGACGUGCGCAGUAAGAGCGCCGACUCCUCAGAGGGAAGCGAAGGUGACGGCGCCGGCCGCGGCCGAGCGCUGUCGUGCGACUAUACCUCAGUACCGACUAAACCUAUCUUGAUGUGUUUCAUCUGCAAGCUGUCAUUCGGGUAUUCGCGAUCGUUCGUCGCGCACGCGACGGCCGAGCACGGCAUGACGCUGAACAGCGAGGAGCACGAGAUCAUGAGUCGUAAGAACGCGUCGGCGAUCGUGCAGGGCGUCGGCUGCGACAAGGCGCCGCUCAUGUCGUUCCUCGAGCCGUACUCGCAGACGAGCGCCGCGUGCAGCGGCGGCAUGCUCGUCUGCCAGCCGAACGCGUUCCAGACGUCGACCGCGCUGCCCGCCCCCAGCGUCAGCGUCAGCUCGCUGGCCGCGGUCGCGUCGUCGCCCGCCCCCGCGCCGCCGCCGCAGCAGCAGCCGUCUCCCGUCAACGGCAAGGAGGCGGGCGGCGACGACGCGCGAACUGGCAGGGAUAACGGAAGUGCGGGUCCCCAGGUGGCGCCGGCGGCUGGCGGCGAGGAGCAGGACGAGGCGAGCCGCGAAGACGCUGAGUCAGACAGCAGCGGCGGCGGAUUCCGCUGCGGGGGCGCCUCGCCGGGCCGCGCGAGCGCGUCGCGUCCGAGCUCCGGCCACAGCGAGUCGUCGCUGAGCGAGAUGCUGGAGGCGUACCGCUCGCAGACGCGCCGCUCGCCGAUCUCGCCGCUGAACCCGGCGUUGCUCGGCAACCCGUUCAUGUGCGCGCAGCAUCCCGACGGCAAGGCGAACGGCGUCGAGUGUCCGAAGUGCGACAUCGUGCUCGGCUCGAGCCGCUCGCUCGGCGGCCACAUGACGAUGAUGCACUCGCGCAACUCGUGCAAGACGCUCAAGUGCCCCAAGUGCAACUGGCACUACAAGUACCAGGAGACACUCGAGAUCCACAUGAAGGAGAAGCAUCCGGAGAACGACGCCACGUGCAUCUACUGCGUGACGAAGCAGGCGCACCCGCGGCUCGCGCGCGGCGAGACGUACCAGUGCGGCUACAAGCCCUACCGCUGCCAGAUCUGCAACUACUCGACGACGACCAAGGGCAACCUCAGCAUCCACAUGCAGUCCGACAAGCACGUGAACAACGUCACCGAGCUGCAGAACGGGGGCCACGAGCUGUUCCACCACCAACAGCAGCAGCAGCAGCAGCAGCAGCAACAACAGCUGCAGCAUGCGCCGGAGAGCGAGGCCAUCGCGGCGCCGCCGAAGCAGAAGCCGACGUGGCGCUGCGACGUGUGCAACUAUGAGACGAGCGUCGCGCGCAACCUGCGCAUCCACAUGACGAGCGAGAAGCACACGCACAACAUGCUCGUGCUGCAGCAGAACGUCAAGCACAUGCAGCGCGACAUGCAGCUGCAGAUGAGCGCCGCCGCCGCGAUGCAGGACGAGCAGCUGCGCCACCUGGGGGCCGCGCUCGGACUCGGCGCUGGCGACAUGGCCGCCGCCGCCGCGGUCCCGGCCGACCUCGCGAACUUCACGCCCGCGAUGCUGAUGUCAGCCGUCGGGCCGGCGGCCGACGACGCCGCGGGACUGCACCUAGGUGGCGACCCCGGCGGGCGCGUCGACGACAACGUGAAGAUAUUCCAGUGCAGCAUCUGCAGCGUGUUCUCGACGGACAGCCUGGAGACGCUGCACCGGCACCUGCAGGCCGACCGCAGCAAGAGCAGCAACGACGACGUCGUCGUCGUCGUCGGCGGCAGCUACGUCUGCAAGCUCUGCCAGUACAAGACCAACCUGAAGGCGAACUUCCAGCUGCACUGCAAGACGGACAAGCACCUGCAGAAGCUGCAGCUGAUCAACCACAUCCGCGAGGGCGGCCCGCGCAACGAGUGGCGCCUCAAGUGCCUCAGCAUGGCCAACCCGCACCAGGUGCGCUGUAACGCGUGCGACUUCCAGACGAACAGCGUGCACAAGUUCCAGCUGCACGUCAGCAGCCAGGUGCACGACAUGAACGCGCGCAUCUUCCAGCACCUGCAGGCCGGCGAGACUCGGCUGGCGACGGGCGGCGCCGCUGACCGCUACUACCGCUGCGCGCUCUGCCUCUUCAACACCAAGUCGCGCGCCAACAUGCUGCAGCACGUCAAGUCGGUGCGGCACCUGCGCAACGAGGCGCUGCGCCAGCAGCAGGGCAUGGUCCUCAAGGACGUCGGCGACGUCGUCAGCGUGCAGGAGCUCAAGGACAGCGACAACGUCGUCUUCGAAGAUCAAGACGAGAAGUCCGAAGGCGAGGAGAGCGAACCGGCGGGAAGGGAUGCGAACAUGGGCGUGAAGACAGAGGACGGUGAUGUCACCGACAAGAAGAGCAUGCUUAAGCAGGUGCUGCUCGACCCGAACCAGCCGGGCGGCGGGGAGCCGACCGCGGCCGCCGACAAGCUACACGUCUGCCCCUACUGCAACUACAGCAGCGCGAGCGAGAUGCGCAUCCGCGCGCACGUCGUCACGCAGCACACGCAGCGCGCGACCAAGCUGUCCUGCCCGCUCUGCCAGGAGGAGUACAGCGAGCGCACGCGCCUCGAGCGCCACCUCACGCAGACGCACAACGUCACCGCCGAGGGCCUCCAGCGGCUCAUGCUGAUGGUCGAGCAGCCCGACUGGCGGUCGCCGGCGGCGACGGCGGCAGCAGCGCCGAGUUCAGCGAGGAGUACCGCUGCCAGAUGUGUGCGCGCGCGUUUGUGAGCGUCGACGCGCUGUACGCGCACCAGAACGAGCUCGGGCACCUAAAGAUGCAGCAGACGCCGCGCGGGCCGGGCUACCUCUGCUGGAAGAAGGGCUGCAACCAGUACUUCGGCACGCCGCACGCGCUGCAGGUGCACUUCCGCGAGAUCCACGCAAAGCGGCAGCAGCUCGCCGUCAGCGAGCGGCACGUCUACAAGUACCGCUGCAGCCAGUGCUCGCUCGCGUUCAAGACGCUCGAGAAGCUGCAGCUGCACUCGCAGUACCACCUCAUCCGCGCCGCGACCAAGUGCGGCCUGUGCGCGCGCAGCUUCCGCUCGGUCGCCGCGCUGCAGCGCCACCUGGAGACGUCGCACGGCGACGUGCUGCCGGCCGACCUCGAGCAGUACCGCAGCAUGCUCACCGCCGUCGCGGCGCCCCCUGGCGGCCACCGGGACGUGA